CCACCGCGCCCUCGCGGCCUCCCUCAGCGCCGCCGCGAACCGAAACGAACGCGCGAUGCACCCGAACGCCAUGAAUCGGAACGGGAAGAGGAGAAAGAGGAAGGGGCGCAUGGAUGAAGCGGCCGCCGAUGACGCCUCGCCCUCCUCCGCCUCCUUCGACCACCACGUCUUCCCCAUCCUUCUCGCCGCCGCCCAAACCACCCGCCAAAACAGCAACUCCUGCUCCUCAGCCGCACUAGCAGCCCGCCUCCUGCGUCGCGUGCUCUCCCGCUCGCCGCAGAUGCUGUCCCCUCUCCCGGACUCCCUGGUCGCGCUCCUCCCCCGCCUCCUCUCCUCCAGCUGCCCUUCUGUCGCCGCGCUGAGCUGCGAGGUGCUGGGCGCGGCGGCGUUGCGGUCCAUGGAGGCCGGCGAGGUGCUGGCGUCCGACAGUGGCAUCGCCAGCGGCUUGGCGAGGGCGCUGGGGAGUGGAAGCCAGCGAGUGACCGAGGCUGCCUGUAAUUCUAUAAUGGAUCUCUCGGCCUCUUCAGUUGGUAGGGAGCGCCUUGCAGGCUCACCUGUCCUGCCGAGCAUGUUGCAUGUAUUUUUUCAGGUGGAAUCUAUUUGUGAAUUUGUUGAUAGCAGGACAACCAAACACCCAGAAAAAGACACAGAAGCAAAUAAAAUCUCAUACUUGAUCAUCGACACAGUGGUCCUUCUGGUGAGUUCCCGUAAAGUUGACAAAAUGCAAAGUAUGCAGCAAGAGCUAGUAAGGAGCACUCUGUCUUUGUUAUAUAAAGUAUGGAAGAAAGUCAAACUCUUGAGAUCAUCAGCUGAUUGCAACAACAGGAAGAAUCAACUUCAAAGUAGAGAAUAUGAGAUAUCUAAAGCUAUUUUUAAUCUUUCAAUUGAACUUGCUUCUCCAGCCUGCCUAGAGCCUGAUGUGGUCAGGAAAAGUAUUUUUGGCCAAGCUGAGUCCAAUUUCGAAAAUUUUGUCCUGGCCUACUGGGAAAAGUCACCUAAUUUGUACAGGAGGAAACAAAACACUCAAAAUGAUGAUCCUGUCUUUGCAGCCUUGAAUAGUGCUUUUAAUCUUGGUACAACACCUGAUGCUAUAAUUGAAUCAUUUAUAAAGGGGCUUGUUUCUUGCCCUGCUAUUGCUUCAGAUGAACUCGACAUAAAUUCAUUUCUCCAUGAAGUUCAUGAUUCCUUGGGUGAUGCCAUAAAGUACAGGCAAGACAUUAGGGUUUUGAGAACAGAAGACCCAAGUGAUCAAACCUCAAGGGUAUAUGCGAGGGAGGAGCAUUUUUUCGAUGAUGGAACAGUCUUCCUGGAUGAAGAAGCAUUCGCAAAAAAAUGUAAGCAUGCAUUUAAGAAGGGCUAUUCAGUUGCAUUGCGUGGCUUGGAGUUCCGGUCCGAAAAGGUUGCUGCUAUAGCUUCUGCCCUGGCUGAUCUAUUUGGCCAACCUUCUGUAGGAGCCAACAUAUACUUCUCUCCUCCAAGGUCUCAAGGCCUAGCCCGACAUUAUGAUGAUCACUGUGUACUUGUUUGGCAGCUACUUGGUUGCAAGAAAUGGAUGAUUUGGCCUAAUCCAAAGCCACUUUUGCCUAGACUAUAUGAGCCUUUUGAUCCUCUAGAUUGUACUUUAGAUGAUAACAGUGGAAGAGUGGAGGUGUUACAUGAAGGAGACAUGAUGUACAUUCCUAGAGGUUAUGUCCACGAGGCUCACACUGAUGUUGGUGAAUCUCAAAUGAAUGCAUAUGCUGGUUAUUCACUUCAUUUGACUCUUGCUAUUGAGGUUGAGCCACCCUUUGAGUGGGAAGGAUUUGCACAUAUUGCACUUCAUUGUUGGGUGGAGAAACAGAAGCUUGGAGGGUCUCGAUUCGACAGGUCCAGAGCAAAAGAGGAAACUUCGCUAUUUGCUCUUGUGUUGCAUGUGGCCAUCAGGUUGCUCUCCAACAAUGAUCCUAUUUUCAGGAAGGCAUGCAUAGUUGCAGCAAAGCUUCCAUCUUCCAGUUCCUGCACAACGGCACACUUGAAGGCUCUUAGAAGCAGCCAGAGAUCAACUUUUGAUGAGAUACUUAGGAGCUUGGAGAAAAACUGCAGCUUCAAGGAAGCAUUGAAAAGCAUCGAGUUGGCAGUCCAAGAAAAUAAUGAUGAACCGUUUCUGUGGAUGAGCUGGCUCCGGCACUUGCCACAAGGAGGAGAUGCAGACUUGAGAAUCGAUUUCUGCAACAUCUUGGAUGCCCUUGAAGAGCUUGUUGAGGCGUUCAGCUCUAACCCUGAGCAAGCCUUGGUUGGCUUCACAGGCUUCACUUCAAGGUUCUGCAGGUACGUCGUGUACCAGGACGCCUGCGAGAGCUUUGGGACUUUGCUUCAGAUGUAUAGAACAACCAGGAAUCAGUACAUGAGGGGAAUGCUGGCGUUGCACGGGGCACACGUGAGUUGAGUACUGGAUAAUCCCACCCAAGUCUUGACAGAGAAGUUUUUUGGGGUGGUUAGCUAGUCAUUUUUCCUACUGCGAGAAAAACCAAACGGGGCACUUGUACGGUUGUAUUGUACCACACUCAAUCAUUUGACGGUGCUUUAGUUGCUGGUCAGAAUAGCAGUUGUUAUUUUCAGAAAAAAAAACAAAAGAUCACUAGUUGUUUGUCAA